AUGGGUGAUUUUAGUUUCCUGGUUGGAUUGAAAACCUUCGUAGAUGGUGCAAAGAACCAAUGCUUUAGCAGCAUAGACCACUACAAAUUUUACCAAUUCCUUCUGAUACCAACUAUCGUGCUAACUCUAAUGAUGGCCUUGACUAAGCGUCGCAGAAACAUGCUGUUGUCAUUUCUUGAUGGCCGACCAGGUCUAAUCUUCCCCAUGGACGCAAUGACUCGAUCUUCCCGAAUCUCCUAUUGUUGUGCGUUUGGGGCAGCAGCUUUCCUGGUCUAUCAGAUACUUCUGGACCACAAGGUGGCAAUUGAUUACCAGGGUCCGCUGAUAAUGAAGACACUGAUUGCUAUCGUCUCGAUGUUUAUUUACGGAAUGGUGUUUCUGCCCGUCUUCACAAGCCUGGCCCUUGGCACAGCCUUCUCCUACAUCCUGGGUACACUUUAUGUUUGGGUGUUGUCCGCUGUGGAAAUAUUUAGGGUCACAGAAUGUGAUUUUAACGCUGCAGGUCGAGCUGUUCUAGUGGUCCGUGCGCUACCAAGCUUGUUCUGUUUGACCUACCUCAGUAUUUCAAUGCCCGUCAAGUUCUGUCUUGCUUUGAAGGAUAAACGUUACUUGAAGCCAAAUCUGGGAGAUGACCCUUACAAUGAGACUGUCCAGCAGGUCAAGGAAUCUUACCAAGGAAGAUAUGUGCGGAAACUUCUUCGGAAACCAAAGAAAUUG